GCGUGUCCUGAGUGAACACUCUGACGUGGUUGUCCUCCUUCUUUGGCAGGGUUUCCCCAUCUCACACACUAUCAGCAUAAUGGGCGACUAUGACGAUGACACCGCUUUCCUGGGUCAGCGAGGGCCUUUCUUCAUCAUCACCUUCUUUCUUCUCAACUUCAUCUGUAUCUCCACGGGCCCCUCUGGGCUCUACUUUGUGUUUGUGGGGGCCACGCCGCCCCACCACUGCCUCAUCCCCGAAGUCAACCUGACUGACGCAUGGAGGGCGGCCAUCAUCCCGUCCGAGACGGUGGACGGGCAGGCGCAACAGAGCAUGUGCAGCAGGUACAGACUGGAUGUGGUGAAGAACUUCUCCGACCGAGGCUUUACCCCUGGAGUGGAAGUCAACGUCACAGACAUCGAACAGGAGAAAUGCUUGGAUGGAUGGAACUACAGCAAAGAUAUCUACCAGUCAACCAUCGUUACUGACUGGGAUCUUGUAUGUGAUAAUCAAUGGAAAACUCCUCUAGCCUCAUCUUGCCUAUUCAUCGGGUUCCUGAUAGGAUCCCUGGUCUCAGGCCAACUAUCAGACUGGUUUGGGAGGAAGAAGCUUAUUUUCAUUUGCUUGGCAGGUCAACUCCUCAGUGUGCUCGUCCAUUCAUUCUCUCCGUCGUGGAUCGUCUUCUGCAUUCUCUACCUCUUUGUGGGGGCUUUCCACAUCUCUCUGUACAUCACUACAUUUGUUUUGGGCACAGAAGUGUUAAGUAAAUGGCUCCGUGAUAUCUUCACCACUCUCGGCGUGUUCCUACACUAUUGCAUUGGAUACAUGCUGCUGCCUGGCUUUGCUUUUGCCAUGAGGGACUGGAGGCCUCUUCUGCUAAUCAUAUCGGGCAUCAAUCUAGUCUACAUCCCAUUUUGGUGGUUCAUUCCAGAGUCCCCUCGGUGGCUUCUAUCUCAGGGCAGAGUAGAGGAGGCCGAGGCCAUAGUGAGGGACGCCGCCAGGAGGAAUGGAGUGGCCGCACCUGAGGUCAUCUUCAAAGAGCAAAAGGUUGAAGCAUCUCCCACUGACACAAAGAGUUACGGUAUUUUAGACGUAUUGAGAAACGGUAAAGUGAGGACUACUACUUUCCUGUGCCUAUUGUUGUGGCUGUCUACAAACAUGGGAUACUAUGGACUGUCUUUAAACACCUCCAAUCUAAGUGGAAAUCCAUACCUCAAUUGCUUUCUGUCCGCUGCUGCGGAAGUCCCUGGGUACAUUGUGUCUACCGUGCUUAUAAAGCUCUGUCCAAGGAGACCUCUUCUCACAAUCUUUCUCAUCAUCGGAGGUGGCUUUCUACUUUUAAUUCAGCUAAUCCCAGAAAAUUUGCAUGCUCUAGCAUUAACCCUGGAGAUGGUUGGGAAGUUUGGCUUCACCAUGUCCUUCACUGUGGUGUACGCCUACACGGCCGAGAUCUACCCCACGGUGCUGAGGAACGUGGGAAUGGGGAUGUGCUCGUCAGCAGCACGCAUUGGCAGCAUCACAGCCCCUUACAUCAUUUAUCUGGGUUCCAUCAACAAGUAUCUGCCUUACAUUCUGAUUGGGAGUAUGACACUGGGCUCGUCGGUGGUGAACCUGUUCCUGCCGGAGACGUUCCGCCGAGAGCUUCCUGAGACGGUGGAGCAGAUGCAGCGGUGCAGAGGGUUGUGUCAACAAAAGAAGAUAGACAAGUGCCCCGAAGCAGAUGACGAACAGAAAAGUGAAGUUGUGAAUCAGUCUAAACUGUAACUCUGGGCCCCAACGGCCAACCUGGCAUCACUGGAGCCCCCUGGUGGUCACUUUCAAUGCUCAGGAGAUAAUUGGUGGUGAUUUCCACACAAACAUAUCCUCUGCAGAAUUUUUAACAGAGUACUUUAUAUUUUUGUUUUUAAUGUCACAUGUAUUAUAUAGAUGUCAAGAACAAAGCCAUUGCUCUCUCAAAAUCUCACUCACAGAUUUUGCUGAAUAACAGAUACUUGAACUGCUUUUGUAAUUCAAUGAAUUGUUUGCAUGGAAACAUGCAAACAAAUUGUAAAUAGCUAUAACUGAUUUACUAAAACUCUGCUACAUACUUUAAAAACAAAACUCUCCUGGAGUGAGCAGUGAUAUUGUUUAGACUAGAACAUUAAAUAAAUAGACUGGAUAACAUUAUUCCACGUUGGAAAAAUAUAGCAUCUGUUAAUAGUGCCCUAAUAGCAGUGCCAUAUCUCCAUUCUGUAUGCCUUCUUAAAGGUGUGGUCAGCGAUUGCGCAGGAAGUCACGUUUGUUUAUGUUUAUGCCUAUGUUCAUAUUUAAAUUUAUUAGCAGAUGCUUUUGUCCAAAAACAUUGUACAUUAUAUUUUAACCAAGGACCAAACGAAACACACCAGAGAAAAAGUUUACUCCUCCCUUAUUUCCAGAGAAACUCAUUUUUGUUUGAGGGACAGGCCGCUCCCACUUUGUUUGUUUCCAGUUUUCGGUGCCUGGGCUGGCGUUGUUUUUUUACAGUGCAGCUAGCGUAUUGUGAGGAAAUUAUUACUGAAUGUGACAAAAAAAAUGCUAUGCUUGAAAUCGUGUACAAUCUCUGACUGCACCUUUAAUGUAAUGUU